AGGCUUUUGAGCGUGUUCUGGUAUGUAUCAGCUCGCCCCGGUAUUGAGUAGCCUUGUAGUCAUGAUUUAAAUUUCCAAAAUCGCAUAAAGCCCUGUAUAUUCACUUCAACAAAUCAAUUUCUCGGCGACUGCCGAACAACGGUGUUGUACUAUAAAGAGAAAACGCACGCAAAACGACUCAUCGAGAUAGAAUUGGGGGCAAGCCUGCUUCUGAUCUGCUCGUACUACUUAACCGCCACCAUUCCAAAUGCUGUUGCGCUCUUCUCAUCUUUUCCCUUCCACCUCAAUGUUCAAGCUCAGCUCUUCGUCAAGAGGCUGUUGUUCUCCUCUGCGAGAUCCUAGUACAAAUUACACGAUCAAUCUCGAUGACUCCCUCUCGGACUCCAUCGCUUUUAAGAUGGUACCAAGUCCGGAUGAUCCAUCACAGAGUAAUUCAGGCCUUGAGGGCAACGUUGUUGUAUUAUCAAGCUUGAAUUUGAGUGAUUCGCGAUUCGAGUCUCUGUCGUGGCGGCUCGGGCAUUUCGACCAUGUGCUGGAUGCCCUGAACGAACUUCGUUCUGAAUUCUUCACCGAGAAUCAGCAUAUCUUACCUGACAACGAAUACCGUCUCUCUGCAUCCAGGGUAAUGGACCUCUUAGAUAUUGCGAAAGGUACUUUGGAGAAGGUCGGCGUAAAUUUAUGGCCCCAUUCAUUAUGUGUCGUGGGUCUUCGGCGGCAUAAGAAAGCCUACUUUGCUUUGUUGAAAUUAUUGAGGAGUAGAGAGAGCUGCUUAAACUCCCAGAUGCAAGCACGUAGUCGUAGGCUCACCUGCCGCCUUUCUACGAAUUUCUCUAUACGUGUCAAUCCCGUGUAUGAUCUAUAUUUGCCCCCCAUGCCACGUAAUCUCAGGCAAAACAUCGGUCAAAUACAGCCUCUUCACCAAAAGGCAUUAUUGUUCAGAAGUAUGCCUCCGCCCGAUGCAUUCCCACCUUCUGAUUUCACUCCCGUAUCCUCUCACUCCUUUUUUGGUCCUCAGCGACGGCGACGCAGGAUGCGUUUAGAAUUUUCCAACGAUAUUUGGGAAUCUCUGGAAAUGGAACCCCUUUCGCAUCCAAGUCCGUACAUCGUGCGCCAUCGUCCUGGUAUGAAAAAGCAGCGGUUCGGGAUAUUCUGCACGGGAAAAUCUAGCUCAAAGACUAAUAGUCGUAAGGGUAGGCUCAGAGCUCCAAUUUCGAUUUGAGCUCUGCUCGUCGAACGGGAUCAUAUUUUACGUUUUUUACUACUGUUGGGUUUUUGUAUAUUCUGUCGACUUACUUGGAACAACGUUAACGUGUGUGUAACACUAGCAAUGACCAU